UUUCUUGCUAUGUGUGCUGCCAUGUCACUGAUUGCCUGACCUUGGGUAUGUUUAGUAUGUGAAAAAGUUCAUGUUUGAUAUUGGUUUUCAUGGUUUUUAAACUUGUGAAGUGUUUGAUAAUGUAAAUAUUUUCUUAUGUGUACAUAUGUUUUUGACCUGACAAUGAGAAAACAGUGAGUAUUUAAUCAAGUAGGUAAAGGAUGGAAUGAAUCACAAAACCCAUGAAUUCUUCUUUAAAAUGCUAAAAUAUAUUAGACAUGUCUGUCAUUAAUGUCUUGAAUAAGGAACGGUAUUCUAAGUAUGACUUUAUGAUUCCAUGUGAUUCUAAUUUGCUCUGUAAAUAGUUUCUUUUAUAUCUUUGCAUUCUGUAAAUGUAGUUUUCCUCUGUGUUUUCCAAUCGAGAGAAGAGAUUUAAUUAGGAGUUUGGUCAUUGAAAUUGCUGUUAGAACAGAGAGCAUCUCCAUUGCAGUUGAAAGCUGUUCCUCCAGUCCGAUUAAUGCUGUAACCUUUGACCUAUGCCUCUAACAUGUUUAGCAUUAACUUUAACAGCAACGAUUGGGUCAGUUUGCUGCUGCUGCGCUCAUGCCACAGACGUCCUACGCUACAGGUGCUCCGUCUCAUUACUGCUGCAUCAGUGGCGGGUUCUGAGUUGCAGGAUCCACUUACGUUCAGUUCCUUUUCAGUUAGAUCUGCACCUUGCUUCAAAGCUGAUGCGGUGUGGUGUCUUUACAGGAAUCAGAUCAUGCAUGCAGCAGAAUUAAUCCACAUCUUUUCAGUUUUGUUUGAAGGAAGCCAGGAGGAGAAGGUGCAUUACUGCUGCACACCUUUUCAAAUCUCAUGCCACACGACACGCCUGGCCGCCUUGGUCAGGCUGCAGCAUGUGUGUGCAUGCGCGUGUAAGACAAUAGGAGGCCGUAACACUGCGUUUAGUGAGCCCACAGGUGCUUUCCUCCCAAGCCACCGUUUCACUGGCGUUGAUGACUGUACUCCAUGUUCUGCAGCUCAGUGGCACCCCCUGAGCCACAGCCUGUAUCUGUGCCUGAGCCACCCCCUGCCCCUGUGCGCCCUGAGGCCCCCGAGACCCUCGAGAUCCCUGCAGCCCCUGCUGUUUCCCCUGGGGUACCCCGCCACCUGUCGCUUGCAGCCUCAACUAUUUCAACUGCAUUGUCUGCUCAAUCUAGAAACCACGCGUAUAAGAAAGGGACGCCUCCUACGUCAGCGCUGGAGGCCCUGUCUAUCACCCCACACUUCUGCGCCAGCGCCUUGCCCAAGCGCAAGCCUGCUCUUCCCUCAGGAAAAGCCAAGGCUCAGAGCUUCAUGAUGCAGUCUGCCUCUGGUUACAGGUCACAGUACCAAACCUUCGGCCCCAGUCCAUAUAUGCAGCCCCCACCCAUGCAUCCACAUAUGCAUCAGACUCCACCCAUGCAUCAGGCUCCACCCAUGCAUCAGACUCCACCCAUGCAUCAGACUCCACCCAUGCAUCAGGCUCCACCCAUGCAUCAGACUCCACCCAUGCAUCAGGCUCCACCCAUGCAUCAGACUCCACCCAUGCAUCAGGCUCCACCCAUGCAGCACAGUUCCAUCCAAAUCCCUGUCGGUCUACCAGCGCCUAAAGUGGUCAGCACCGCCAGCAUUGUACCUACAGCCUAUCCUUCUGCUCCAGCUCCAGCUCCAGCUCAGCUUUUUGCCCCUGGCACCCCUGCUGCCUCCAACAGACCCCCUUGGGUCACAGAUGACACCUUUGCCCAGAAGUUUGACCCCAGCAAGACCACCACCACCAGUGUCAAAGUGCAGCCUCUUCCCACGGCCGCGCCACCUGCUCCUGUCUAUAACCCCAACCCUGCUCCUGCUCCCGGCCCACCCGCUGCACCCAGCCCUGCCUUCAACCCUGGCCCUUUCCCACCUGUGGCACGUGGGGUGGCCCAGAGGGCAGAGCGCUUUGCUGGCAGCAACAGAACACCGAUGUGUGGCUUCUGCAACAAUAUCAUCAGGGGGCCCUUCCUGGUGGCACUGGGCCGAUCUUGGCAUCCGGAGGAGUUUAACUGCCACUACUGCCACACAUCUCUAGCUGACGUCAGCUUUGUGGAGGAGCAGAAUAAUGUUUACUGUGAGAACUGUUACAGAGAGUUUUUCGCCCCUACAUGUGCCCGCUGCAACACUAAGAUCAUGGGGGAAGUGAUGCAUGCAUUGCGGCAGACCUGGCACACCACCUGCUUCGUGUGUGCUGCAUGUGGGAAGGCCUUUGGAAACAGCCUCUUCCAUAUGGAAGAUGGAGAACCUUACUGUGAGAAAGAUUAUGUUGCUCUCUUCAGCACAAAGUGUCAUGGGUGCGACUUCCCAGUGGAGGCUGGGGACAAAUUUAUCGAGGCUCUUGGUUAUACAUGGCAUGACACUUGCUUCGUUUGCACGGUCUGCCAUAUAAACCUGGAGGGCCAGCCCUUCUACUCGAAGAAGGAUAAACCUUUGUGCAAGAAGCAUGCUCAUGCCAUCAACGUGUAGUCCCGCCCACAGCAAACUGACCCUGCCCCCGCUCCACCAAACCCUGCCCUGCCGGACACUGUGUCCAUCUUCCCAUUGGCAAGAGCUCUUCUGAGGAAGAACUUAAUGCCAUAUAAUGGAAUAUAUAUAUAUGUGUAUAUAUAUAUAUAUAUAUAU